AUGGGAAAGUUAUAUUUUGUAAACAAAAAGACAAAAAGUAUCAAAAUGGCCGUUUUGGGAAGCGUAAAAAACGAGUAUACUCUGUUUUCGAAGUUGGUUUACGAAGUUUUGAAGGAAUAUUCGGGCUGUAUUUUAGCUAUGGAAACUGUUGACGGUCUUUUGAGAAAGGAAAACGAACGUAAACCGUCAGAAACGUUGAAAAAUGAACAAAUUCCUCAAUGUAAAAUUACUUCCGGUAUAAACAGUUAUCCAGCUUACCCGUUGUAUACCAAAAUUUCAAGAAUUCUUUACGAUUGGUUAAAAAAUGGAAAAUGUGACACAAGAACCCCUGAAUUGCUUGAAGAAUGUAGAAAUAAAACAGAAAAACAAAUGUCUCGUGAUUUUGUGGACCAAAAACUAAAGGAAUACUUACUCAGUGACGAAAUUUGCACUAGAAAAGGGUUAAUUUUAGAAAUUUUAGAGAAUCUUAAACUGAGAGGUAUUUUAGAUUUGCUCGGAAUGAAACAGACGGUUGGAAGUGUGGAUAUACUUCCGCCUUCUUUAUCGACAAUAUGGGAAUCGUUUACAAGGAAACACAAGCAGAAUGCAGAGCUGUCUUGCGGAGCUAGGGCGUUGUCGAAACACUGUCAUCGUGAUUCAACAAGUCAAUGGUGGGGCACCUCGACUGGUAGUGAGGGCAAUAAAAAUGAACAUGCUAAUCAAGUCUUAGAUAAGAUCCUAGCGGAUGCAGUGUGGAUUAAUAUCCAUCUAUUGCCUCAUGAUGUGAAAAUUCUUGAAGUUCGAAAUCAGUUGGGUUACGGCGCUCGGUGGUCGUAUGAUGGGAUGAUAUUUAGAGGGUUUCUAGAACCGCAAAUGAGUGACGGACACAGUGUUGGAUGGAGGCACUAG